AUGCCUGACGGGGGAUUGGGGAAUGGGCCCCAUGGCGAUGUCACGAUCGACAUCCCCCUCAAUGACAGCCCACGCCUGACACAGACAGGGUCACGCCUGACCCAGACAGGGUCCCGGAGUAAAGGCCAGUCCUCGCCCGAAUAUGGAUAUGAGAAAUCCGGUGCCGUAACGAAACAUCGUGGCCUGCCUGGACGUCGCCGCAAAACACAAGACGAUAUCAACGAGAGCACGGGCAAACCCUCCGAUUCUCCCGAAGAUGGAACCGUCAAUCGCAUGGGUCGCUUCUACCAGGCUAUUCUCAACUAUUCCAUCAUCACUCGCUAUCUACUCUAUAUCACCCCGAUCGGUCUCUUGAUCGCCAUCCCUAUCAUAGUCGGUGCCACUGCCGCCCAGGAUGCCAAGAUCGGUGGUGUGCACAUCUACUGGUUCUUUGCGUGGAUUGAAGUCGUUUGGGUGUCUCUGUGGACGUGCAAAGUCUUUGCUAGGUUCUUGCCAUAUAUCUUCCAGUUCUUGUGUGGUAUUGUUAGCUCGGGGACGAGGAAAUAUGCACUUAUUUUGCGUGCCCUGGAGAUGCCCAUCACGAUUGUAUUCUGGUGUAUAAUUUCAUUGGUGACUUUUCUUCCGAUCAUGACCCUUACCCCUGAGAAGCAAGACAGCGGCGACACGAACGUUGAAUCCUGGGAAAAGAGCGUGAAGAAUAUUCUCUUCGCACUACUUGUGUGCAGCUUGAUCUUUUUCGGAGAAAAGGCCAUCGUCCAGCUCAUUUCCAUCAGCUACCACCGCAAACAAUUCGACUCCAAGAUCAAAGAGUCCAAACACAACGUCUAUCUCGUCGGUCUGCUCUAUGAGGCAUCCCGGAAUAUGUUCCCCGUGUACUGCCCCGAAUUCGCCGAUGAGGACUCUUUGAUUUUUGAUUCUCUACUCGCUCUAAAUGGAACGCAGGGCCCCAAGACUGGAUCCGAUAUUAUGCCUCUCCGCAUGAUGCGCCAGGUCGGACAGAAUGUGGGACGCAAUGUUGGCCGUAUUGGUGACAAGGUCACUGCAGCUUUUGGGAAUGUCGCCUCCGAGCUUACGGGCAAGCAAGUCUUCAACCCGAAUUCCACGCACUCUGUUGUAAUUGAGGCGCUGGAGCGGAAACGCUGCGCUGAGGCUCUAGCGCGCCGUAUCUGGAUGUCUUUUGUGGUGGAGGGUCGCGAGGCCCUGUACCUGGAAGAUAUCGUUGAGGUCUUGGGUGCUGAGCACGAGGCUGAGGCUCAGGAGUGCUUUGCUGCUUUGGAUAAAGAUGGAAAUGGCGAUAUCAGCCUCGACGAGAUGAUUCUCACUAUCACAGAGUUUGGCCGCAUGAGGAAGUCCCUCAACCACAGCAUGCAUGACGUGGACCAGGCCAUUCAUGUUUUGGAUAACCUGCUGCUUGGUGUGGCCUUCAUUAUUGGCAUCUUGGUUUUUGUCUCCUUCGUCACCAGCGGCUUCGGCACAGUCAUCGCAGCCGGCGCCACUUCCCUGCUGUCCAUAAGUUUCAUCUUCUCCGUCACUGCACAAGAAGUUCUCGGAUCGUGCAUUUUCCUUUUCGUCAAACACCCCUUCGACAUUGGUGACCGGGUAGACAUCACGGACAAGUCCUACGUCGUCGAGCGCAUCUCGCUCCUAUACACUGUUUUGCGUAGCAUAACCGACCACCGCACCACCCAAGUGCCCAACAACAUUCUCAACAGUCUGUGGAUCGACAACUUCACCCGCGCCAACGCCAUGUACGAACAGCUCACCGUGCCUGUCAGCUUCGAUACGACCUUCGCCGACAUCCAGUUCCUGCGCGAGGAGAUGGAACGUUUCGUUCGUGACAAGGAUAACUGCCGUGACUUCCAGCAGGACCUUAAUGUCGAAGUCGUUGGUGUUGGUGACAUGGACAAGUUGGAGCUGCGCGUCGAUAUUCGUCACAAGUCUAAUUGGUCAAAUGAGACUGUUCGCGCUGCGCGCAGGUCCAAGUUCAUGUGUGCUUUGGUGCUCGCUAUUCGCAAGAUCCCCAUCCGCGCGCCCGGUGCCGCUGCACCUGAAGAGGAAAAGAAAGACGAUGACAAUUCCGAUGCGGGUUCUGGUUCCACUGUCGGCGACGAUCGCAAGUCCACUACUCAGAACGGUGGGGCUGAUGGUAAGAAUGGAUCCGGUGGGAUCGGUCUGACAGCUGCUGCUGCCGCUGCAGGUGGCAUGGCUAGCUAUGACACUGCCAUGUCCUCGGGCGUUGACAACGGCCAGUCUACCGGGACCGUCACCCAACGCGGAGCGGGCAACCAGUCGCAGAGUGAAGCAGCCAUCGUUGAACAGCUGAACUCUCGCUCUCCAGCUGCAGAUAUUGCCCGUGAUACCCGCGACAUCAACGAUGACGCAGGGCUAUACCGCACAACAACGGGCUCAUCCAGUCAAGGCCGGCAACAGCUUACUGUCCAGGGCCUCGGCGCCGGCGCUCCCUCGCGCGAGCCAUCUACCGGCCGCCGGAAAGAGGGCACUCGCGCCUCGGUCCCAGAGCAAGAUAAUAUCAAACCGCCAGUGCCCCUCUCCCCCGUGCACGCGGGCCUGACACCCUGCUCCUCAAGCGAAGUGCCCAUCCUGAGCGCACCCGCGCCCCCAGGAUCACGAGGCAAUGCACGCUACGAACCACAACCACAGGUUCCACCGCACACGAGUUUCCCCAAAGCACCGGCGUCGGAAGCGUUCACUUCCCCCAGCUCGGAGUACUCACGGGGCGCCUACUCGAACCCGGCGUACUAUAACCGCGAGAACGCCUACGAGUCCAUUCCGAUGAGCGGGAUCAGCACUCACUACAAUAAUCACGGUUACCCACCACAAUUAUCAGACCGCGACCGCCGCUCAGGCUCCGGCCCGCCUGUUUCCGCGCUCGAACCGAGCCAGUACGAGGUUCCUUCGCGAUACGACGCAGUCUCCCCGCCCUCGCUGCGCGAGUCUCCGUCUGCCCCCGCCAUCCCUGCUGCGGCUGCUGCGACCGGUAAUGGUGCGCCUUACCAGUACCAGUACCAGUACCAGACACAUGUCCAGGGCCAGUCCCUGGAUCAGGAGCAGGAGCAGAGGAGAUCGCCGUUCUUGGCUAAGGCGCUAAAGCGGAGUAACAAGUCUUCGCACGAGUAG